AUGGAAGAGGCGGCGGGGCGCUUCGGGCUCCUGCUGGCCGCCUACGGGCUCUUCUUGCUGCUGGGCGCCGCCGCCUUCGUCGCCCUGGAGGCGCCCGCCGAGCGAGCCAUGCUGGACGGCUUGAGGGCCGCCCGCGCCUCGCUCCUGGCCGAGCACCGGCUUUGCCUGGCCGAAGAACAGCUGGUUGGGCUGCUGAGGCGCGUCCUGGCCGCCCGCGGCUACGGCGCCUCCGCCUUGGGCAACGGGUCGGCGGACCCCGCCUGGGAGUUCACCUCGGCGCUCUUCUUCGCCGCCAGCACCCUCACCACCACCGGUUAUGGAAACGUGGUUCCCCUCUCGGACUGGGGCAAAAUUAUCAGCAUCCUUUAUUGCUUUGUUGGGAUCCCGGUAACCAUAUUGUUUGUCCGGUGUCUCCUCCGCUACCUGUUGCCCAUCCUAAUGCACCGGCCGGUGCAAUACAUCCACAGCCGCUGGGGCUUGCCCCGGGGACACGUGGCCCUGGGACACUCCAUGGGGAUGGGGAUGGCCACCCUGGCGCUCUUCCUGGUCAUCCCGGCCGUCUGUUUCUGGAUCUUAAAGGACAACUGGACUUUCUUGGAAUCCGUCUACUUCUGCUUCAUCUCGCUCAGCACCAUCGGCCUGGGGGAUUUCGUCCCCCGCCUCAUGUCUCCCCCAUCGCUACACGGGUUUUACGAGCUGAGCAUCACGUGUUACCUACUUAGCGGAUUGCUAGCCAUGCUGGUGACCCUGGAAACAAUUUACCAACUGCAAGAAAUCCGUGCUCUUGUCCGUUUCUUUGCUCCGUCCCGCAGAGCGACGCUGAAGGAGGAGGAUCGUGUGGGAAUCGUCACCAGGGAUCAACUAGCAUUGACCUCCAAUCUCGGAGCCUGUUCCCCCCAAACUUUAACCGAAAGGGGAGCCCCUUAA